CGCAGUGAGGAGGAGGAUGGUCUUUGCCCUUCAUCUGGUUGUCAUGUCUUCGGCGUUUUUCAACCCCAGCUUCGCCUUCAGCUCCCACUUUGACACAGACGAGGCUCGGCUGAGCGAGCUGUCCUGGCCUUCCUCUCUAGCGGUUGUAGCCGUCUCCUUCUCCGGCCUCUUCACCUUCGUCUUCCUCAUGCUGGCCUGCCUCUGCUGCAAGAAGGGAGACAUGGGCUUCAAGGAAUUUGAAAACACUGAGGGAGAGGAGUACCAGGCAGACCUCUCCGCCCUGGCCUCUCCGUCGUCCCAGAAUGGCCCCGAGGUUUACAUCCUGCCCCUCACCGAGGUCUCCCUGCCUGUCUCCAAACAGCCCGGCAGAUCAAUACAGCUGCUGAAGUCAUCAGACAUUGGCCGCCACAGUCUGCUGUAUCUAAAAGAGAUGGGACAUGGCUGGUUUGGAAAGGUUCUGUUGGGUGAGGUCAGUGCAGGAGUCAGCACUACCCAGGUGGUGGUGAAGGAGCUGAAGUCCAGUGCCAGCAUCCAGGAUCAGAUCAAAUUCUUGGAGGAGGUGCAGCCGUAUCGGACCCUCCAGCACCCUGCCCUCCUGCAGUGUCUGGCACAGUGUUCAGAAGUCACCCCGUAUCUACUGGUCAUGGAGUUUUGCCCUCUGGGUGAUUUGAAGAAUUAUCUACGCAGUUGCCGAUCCGCUGACUCAGAAACUCCUGACAUUUUGAUUCUCCAGAAGAUGGCCUGCGACAUUGCAUCAGGGCUUCUUCAUCUACACAAAUACAACAUCACUCACAGUGACCUGGCUUUGCGAAACUGUCUGCUAACAUCAGAAAUGUCGGUAAAGAUCGGAGACUACGGACUUUCUCACAGCCGAUACAAGGAUGACUACUACGUAACGCAAGACCAGAUUUGGGUGCCUCUGCGCUGGAUUGCACCAGAACUCAUAGACGAAGUUCACGGAAACCUGCUGGUUGUCGAUCAAACCAAAAGUAGUAACAUGUGGUCACUGGGUGUGACUAUAUGGGAGUUGUUUGAACUGGGAAACCAGCCAUACAGACACUACUCUGACAGGCAGGUGUUGACAUAUGCUGUGAAGGAACAGCAGCUUAAACUACCCAAACCCCAGCUCCAGUUCCCUCUGGACGAUCGUUGGUAUGAGGUGAUGCAGUUCUGCUGGCUACAGUCAGAGCUCAGACCCAGUAUUGAGGAGGUACACCUUUUGGUCACAUACCUGUGUGCCAAAGGCUCUAGUGAAGCUGAGGAAGACUUUGAGCAACGCUGGAACGUCUUGAGACCAAACUCACUUGGUAGCACGUCACACACAGCUUCUUCCACAUCCCUGGUCCUUACCCCCACAUCCAAUUCUGCUGACGUCCCCAUUGCAGAGCAAAUACAGACAGUGGAGCUGGCCUCUUCUGCCUCGUCCUCCUUCCCUCUUCUUCAGCACUUCUCAGACAGCUUUCAGUCUGACACUGGGGAUGACCUGCUGACUGUCACUGAGACAAGCCACGGUCUCAACUUUGAAUACAAAUGGGAACAAGCCCGAGCCGAACAGCCCUACUGCUCUUCUUCUUCUAGUGGAAAACUAGGCCAGGAAAACCCACACUACCAGGAUAUUUAUUAUUCAAACACAGGAAGCUCCUCAGGGGGCUGCAAGACUGACAGUCUGACAUCAAGCGUAUCCCCGUCCUAUUAUGAGCCUGAACAUACAGGUAUUGUCCCAGUGCUGAGUGCCCACAGCCCCUCAGUUAGCAGUGAAUACUACAUUCGCAUAGAAGAACCAGUCCAAUGCAACAUCAAGCUAGAAGAUGAUGUUGUGGACUACAGCUCAGGACUGGAAACUACUCACAUCAGAUCAUAUUCUGAGAAUUGCACUGGUUCUUCUACAGCACAGCCUUGUGCUUACUGGUCAACUGCUGACAAUACCACAUUAAAUUACUCUGAUUCAAGUCCCACAAUUCAGCAAACCAUGCAGCCACUGCUCGCUCGUUCAUCUGGCAACCGUCCUGUAAAGUUAGGUCACUCUUAUAACUCCCUCCCAUCUGAUUUCAGUAAAAUAGACCACUGUGAACAGUCAGCAGUAUUCAAGACACAUAAACAGUCCUCUUCAUAUGAUUUGAAAACAUCACCAGAGUCCCAAACAGCUGUUUUGCAUCCUGAGGUUCCCUUUGAAAAUCCACAGAGUUUAUCACAAGCUGUUAGCAGCCCCAGUUUAGGGUUCUGCGAUCCUUACCUCGAAACAAACACAGUUAACGAAAGCUUCCAAAGUCAGGUAGGCUCACUAAAAAAGACCUUUCCCAUUCUUAAUCACAUUGAUAUAAAUAUAGGAACAGAUGAUGGCCUGUUGUUGGGGCGGCGGAGAAGUGAAGAAGAAGAAGUUGACUUGUUUUCUGAGGGAGAGGCCACUAACUGGAUCUCAAACCAUUCAGCAAACAAUAACAGCUUGAGUGUUGACAACAGGCAGACAGGCAGUGGAAGGGACAUUUCUGUGAACGUUCCAUCCAACACAACGGAAUUAUGGUCUUUAACCAAGGCCACAACAAGAACCUUCCAGAGUUCUAAACCUUGUGACAGCUUGAAGGGCAGUGGAGGUUGUUCUGGUUGGAGUACUGCUUGUGAGCCCAAGUUAGACUCAUACGUCCACUUAUGCCACAAAGAGAGAGAAACCUCAGCUCAAGUGGAAAGGCAUACAAACUUUAGCAACUCACAAAGCACUCACUCUCUCCUCAGUUCAAACACAACCAGUGAAACAAAGGGUGGACAAAUGGAAGCUAAAUAUGAAUCAUUACCUCACAGAGAGGGGUUGUACACCGAGACACCUGAGGCAAGUUAUUUUAAGUACCCGUGCUCUUGGAAGGAGCCUCAGGCAGGUCAAACAGUGUCUGAUGGGCAGAGAAAGAUCGCUGAGGGAAUCUCAACUGAAGCAUCGCUUGGUCUGAGCAGCAUGAGGCUCACAUAUGCACAGACCUCAGAAGGCAGCAGAACAUUGGAUAGUGGAGUGGGGGUAAGAAAGUCCAGCAGUUGCCUGGUUGAACUUGACUACAGUGAAGAUGAUGAAGAUGACAUCACUGAUAUCACAUCAGGGAUCUUUGCUGACUUCCACCUUGACUUGAGCGAGGUUGAGGAGGACGACCUCAGCCCAAGGAAAAAUCAAGAGAGGGUUUCUAACUCUGUGGAUGCCAUUAACCUGACAUCAUCUGUGACAAGCUCCUGUUCCCAGGGCUUCAGCCCAGAUCCUUUCAAUAUCCCCAUCUUGCCUAAAUCCCUGGAUAGUGGCUAUGACACAGAAAACAACGAAUCCCCAGAGUUUAUCUUCAAAGAGCUUGGAGAUCCCCUGGGCGGUGAGAAUGGCCCGGUGCUUGGUGGAGAAUCUGAAAUUGCUCUACAGGUUAGUUUAGGGCAGGGGGUCGGCACUUCCAUAAGCACUUCAGAGCUACAUGUAAAAGGCCUGUUUGGCAAGAAUCCAUACAGGGACUCCGCUUAUUUCUCUGACUAUGAUGCAGAAAAUGAGAGGAGUCCCAAUGAGGGAAACCAUAAGUUCUUUGCAGGUUCAGAGAACCAUCAUGGCUCAGCUAAUAUUUUUAACUCUGUAGAAGACAGUUCUGUUGAAAGGCAAAUCAACAACGGAGAAAGUUUAACUAACCUGAGGCACGUUGAAAGUAGUGUUUUGCUGAAUCUCUCAGAGGCUGACUCUAACUCACACAACACUUUCUCCACCCCUGGGUUGUCCAUGCUGUCACCAUUUCCUCCACAGAUGGGUGGGUGCCUGACCAAAGAGUCUGCCCCUGCAGAGGAGGAUCUCGGUUUGGAGACAGAGCACUCAGCGAAUGAGCCUACGUCAGAUGUAGGCUCCUCCACUGGGUCAGAACCUUGCUCUUCUGUCCACCAAGCCACCACAAACAGUGAGGGGAGCAGGGGAGCAGAAGGCUGCUACUCUGUCCAUUCAUUGCUUUCUGGAUGCACCAUAAAUGACUGCAGAGAGGAGUCCUGUGAGGAAACAGAAAAUGGUGGAUCCCCUGAUGAAAAGGAGGUGCCUGAAAACAGUCUCAUCAACAAGGACACAGAAAACAGAGCAGAAUGCGUCCACAUCAACGAGGAAGACUUUGAAGACAUAGAUGCAGGUGAAAGUGACAGCCUGUGUGAAGAGUCUAAUGGUCAUCAUGACCUUUCCACAUCCUCAUCUUUGCUGGAGCUUUGUGGAGAAGAUGUAAGAGCUCCGCUGGAAGAGGCGGAGGAUGAAGACGACUCUGAUGACAGCGAGUCUGAUGAGGAGCUAAGAACCUACAACAUCCAAGAUGAAGACAGUGAGGAGAGUGAGGAGGAUGUCACCACAGUACCAGUGGUGGUGAGUGACUGCAGCAGGGCGAGCCACCUCCGCGGUCUCCUGAAGAUGCCCACCCUCCUCACCCAGUCCUUUUGUGAUGAGCUGGAGACAAAGAAGAAAGCGGUGUCCUUUUUCGAUGACGUCACAGUGUUUCUUUUUGACCAGGAGAGCCCCACUGGAGAGCUGGCUGACAAUUCAUUCUCCACAGGAAAAGAGUCCAGUGAGCAGGAGCCUUCAGACUCAGAGCUCAAAGCCGAGUCCUCUGAUCCUCAUUGUGUUUCUGAGGAAGCCGAUGAAAACACCUCUGAAGAAGGUGGAAGUUGUGAUUGGGAAGAUGACCGUUCCUUUGAGCCCUUACCACCUUCACUUCACACAGUCCCUGACCCCGUGUCCUCUCCCACAUCCACCUCCAAUGCCGAUGAAGCUCCUAAACCUGUCCCCGUGCCACAUAACCGUUUCAUGGUCUCAAGAUUCUCUAUCACACAUGUGUCCGACACCCACAUAAGCUCAACAGGUAAUGGUGAAGAUGAUCCAAAGGACUGAGCAGUCGUUAAAGAAGACAAGAGAAGUUCAUCUCAAACACAGAGAAAUCACAUGAUCUUAGUUUAGAUGAUUUACAGAGAUUUAUUUUUAAUCAGAAUUUGGGACAUCUGACUUGGUGACCCUUUAUGAGACAGUGCCUCAUACUGUAGUCAGACACCUGAUUGAUUUGCACACUUUUUAUUCCGUGAAGAAAAAGCAAAAAUGGUGCAAGAACAGCAACCCCAGAGUCUGAAGUUAUCUUGUUUGCAGAAAUAUAUAAAGAUUAUUAUUGUACUUCUAACUUACAGCACACACACAACAGUACAUUAUUUGUUCAGUGCUGCACCAGUUUCUUUUGGUGACCACUCAGUUCUUUAAGAAUGUAAAAUAGAAACCAUUCUUAAAGUCCAACCCUAAAAAAAAAAGUGCAUCAUAGCUGCUGCUCCUCCUUUCAUUGGCUGCCUUUACGCAUUCCACUGCUCAAGCUAUUUUCAUCAACUAAAGACUGUUCCAGACCUCAAACGUCAGACUCGACGAUUUUUGCAAAAGAAGCGGCGACUAUGGUGGCCCUGAGGUGUAAAUUAACAUUUGAAAAAAUGGAAUUACAUUUUAAAAAACAACAAA